AUUGUGUAAAAGAUCUGAAUGUGGGACAGGAAGGGACCUGGCAGGUCAGCAGAUUGAGCACCGAAUGAUAUUACGCCUUAUUGCACACCGCUGUGAUUCGUUUCUCCCCGCUCUCCUGGGAAGGGACAAGCAGUUCACAAUGUCAAUCAAAAAGGAAGGUGCCCACAAGAAGUGGGCUGCCCUGAAGGAGAAACUCGGGCCCCAGGAUACCGACCAGUCGGAAGCCAACCUGGAAAAUGCAGAGCCGGAGCUGUGCAUCCGCCUCCUGCAAAUGCCAUCGGUGGUGAACUACUCUGGGCUGAAGAAGCGUCUGGAGAACAGUGACGAUGCUUGGAUGGUCCAGUUCCUGGAGCUGUGUGGAUUGGACCUCCUCCUGGAGGCUCUGGACAGGCUGUCUGGCAGAGGGGUGGCCAGAAUUUCUGACGCCUUGCUACAGCUCACCUGCAUUAACUGUGUGAGAGCAGUCAUGAACUCCCACAGAGGCAUUGAAUACAUUGUGAGCAACGAGGGCUAUGUCAGAAAACUCUUCCAAGCACUUGACACAACUAAUGUCAUGGUGAAAAAGCAAGUAUUUGAACUCCUGGCUGCGCUGUGCAUUUACUCAUCAGAUGGCCAUGGUUUGGCUUUGGAUGCCCUGGACCAUUACAAGAAUGUGAAGAACCAGCAGUAUCGAUUCAGUGUCAUAAUGAAUGAGCUGUCGAACACAGAUAAUGUGCCAUACAUGGUGACACUGCUGAGUGCCAUCAAUGCCAUCAUUCUGGGGAAAGAAGACCUAAGAACAAGAACACAGAUCCGAAAUGAGUUCAUAGGGCUUCAGUUGUUGGAUAUUUUAGACAAGCUAAGAGACAUAGAGGAGGAGGAUCUGCUUAUCCAGUGUGAUACAUUUGAAGAGUUCAAGAUUGAAGAUGAUGAGGAAUUACUAAAGAUAUGUGAUGGGAUAAACAUGAAUGAUCACCAUGAGGUCUUUUCAUCUCUCUUCAAUAAAGUGAGCCGCUCCCCGAUCUCCAUCCAGCUGCUGUCCAUCCUGCAGAGCUUGCUCUACUUGGAACCAUCUCACCACUCCAGCCUCCUGCUGUGGGAGUCCUUGGAUGCGGUAGUGAACAGAGCCCUUUUGCUCGCCAAUGACAUCCAAGGAAACACGGUUGAAGAAGUAAUUGAGAGGCUAUUGUCUAUCAAGAAGCAUCCAAACAAGCAAAAAAGAGCUGAAAAACGUCUUUCUGGUAAUGCAAAUGGAGGCAUCCAGACUGAACGAGAACCAUGCACAAGUGCAGUUCAGAGUCUGAUGGGAUCACCAAACCCCUGCAAGACACCAGAAGCUCCCUCAGGGCCACAAGCCUGUGAAGAGAAGACCUCGUCCUCACAGCUCUCAGCCUGCUUCACCUCACCACAGACCUCUAACCCUCCACCCAACGCUGCUCCUGCCCUUCCACCCCCACCUCCUCCACCCCCACCCCCACCACCUCCACCCCUGCCCUCUGGACCAGCAGCCAUGCCCCCCACAGCCUCCGUGAAUUUUCCACCAGCCCCACCACUCCCUGGCAUCCCUCCUCCUCCACCUCCAUUGCCUGGUAUGGCAGUCAUCCCUCCUCCACCUCCAUUGCCUGGUAUGGCAGUCAUCCCUCCUCCUCCACCCCCAUUGCCUGGCAUGGGGGGUAUCCCACCUCCACCCCCACUGCCUGGUAUGGGGGGAAUCCCACCUCCACCCCCAUUGCCUGGCUUGGGGGGAAUCCCACCUCCACCCCCAUUGCCCGGCUUGGCAGGAAUCCCACCACCACCCCCACUUCCUGGCAUGGGGGGCAUUCCACCACCACCCCCAUUGUCUGGUAUGGGGGGCAUCCCACCCCCUCCACCACCAUUGCCUGGUAUGGCAGGAGAUAACAUAGAAGCUGUUGUGGCUCCCCAAUUCAGCUGCCCUCUUGGCUUCAUCAGUCCUCCACGCAAGGCAGUGAAGACACCAACAAUGAGAAUGAAGAAGCUGAACUGGCAGAAGCUGCCCUCCAACGUGGUGAGAGAAAGUCACUCGAUGUGGGCUUCAGUGAGCAGCAGCAGCGAGGAAACCAUAGAGCCCAAUUACACAAGCAUAGAGCAGCUGUUUUGCUUUCCACAACCAACCCCUAAGGAGAAAACAGCUGCACCAGUGAAGGCAGAGCCGAAGGAGAUCACAUUUUUGGACUCCAAGAAAAGUCUCAAUUUGAACAUAUUUUUGAAGCAAUUUAAAUGCUCCAAUGAAGAGGUGGCUGCCAUGGUCCAGAAUGGGGAUCGGACCAAGUUUGACGUUGAGGUUCUAAAACAGCUGCUGAAGCUGCUGCCUGAAAAACAUGAGAUAGAAAACCUGAAGGCCUUCAAAGAAGAGAAGUCGAAGCUAGCAAAUGCAGAUCAGUUUUAUCUUCUCCUCCUUCAGAUUCCCAGUUAUCAGCUACGGAUUGAAUGUAUGCUGAUCUGCGAAGAGACUACUGUUGUGCUGGACAUGAUUCAGCCAAAAGCUGAAGCCAUCCGGAAAGCCUGUGAAGAUCUUCUGACCAGUCACCGUCUGCCGCUCUUCUGUAAACUGAUUCUCAAAGUUGGAAACUUUCUGAACUACGGAAGUCACACAGGCGACGCUGAUGGGUUUAAAAUCAGCACUUUACUCAAACUAACAGAAACCAAAGCAAACCAAACCCGUAUUACGCUGCUCCACCAUAUCCUGGAGGAAGUAGAAAACAGCCACACAGACCUACUGGAACUGCCGGAGGACCUUGAAUAUGUUUCAAAAGCAGCAGGAAUUAAUCUUGACAUUAUACGCUCAGAGUCCAGUGCCAAUUUAAAAAAGCUGCUGGAGCUCCAGAGAAAGGUCUCAUCAGCAAACGAUGAUGUGAAACAACAAUAUGAGAAACCUAUCCAGGAUAGCAUUGAUGCCUCCAGAAAACUGGAAGAAGAUUUUGAAACCAUUGACAGGAAGAGAGAAGAACUUGCAAACUAUCUCUGUGAGGACCCAACCAAGUUGUCCUUAGAGGAUGUAUUUAGCACCAUGAAGACUUUCAGAGAUCUCUUCAUCCGAGCCCUGAAGGAAAACAAAGACAGAAAGGAACAAGCUGCAAAAGCAGAGAAGAGGAAGAAACAGCUGGAAGAAGAAGAAGGGAAGAGACAGAAAGGCGAAAAUGGAAAAGUCAUUAAGAAGGGGUUGGUGAAGCAGGAGGAUGUUUGCGUCAUUGAUGCACUGCUGGCUGACAUAAGGAAGGGGUUCACGCUGAGAAAGACAAAGAACAGACACGAGUCGGAUGCACCUCCUAAAACCUUGCCUGCGGAGAUCCCAGAGGAGAACCGGUCUGGGAAGAGCAUUAAGGAUCCGCAAGCAGGAGGACAGCAGAUGGAUGAUAAAGCCAAGCAAAACAACGGCCAUCCCUCAGAUGAAAGCACUCUGUCCUUGGCCGAUGCCCUACCAGAGAUGGGUAGAGAUGUUGGAGAUGCUUCAGCUCCAAACCAGGCAUUACCUGAAAAUAAUGCUGGAGGAAAUUUGCCGCGAGGGUCUAGGACAGAAGGCCCUUUAGUAAACUUAGUGGAAGCUGACGGAGCUGGGCAGGGAGCUGGGAUGGCAAGCCUCCAGCCAGGCCUGGGGAGUGGUGCCAUUUCCUUCUCUGCUGCUAACAUAGGUGCCAAUAUAACAUUUGUGAGCAGCAGCUCUGGUGCUGCUCUGAGAGAGCAGCUCAAUGGGUCCACCUCAGAAGAGCAGGACAAAAAAUGCCCAGGUGAUGGCUUGGAGAGCUGCAGGCUGGCUCAGGACAUCCAGCUGAACCAGAAUGGAGGCAACCCCAGCACUCCAUCCACUCCCUGUGAUGGUGCGCAUCAGGCUGAUUUGAAAGAGAUGGCAAAGGAAAAUGAAGACCCUGCUACAGACUCGCUGUUGGAUACUUCCCAAGAGAAAUCCUUCUCGGAGGAGCCAGCCACCGACUCUUCUUGUUCGGCAACACUGCCUCCAGGGGAAACACACACUGACAGGGAAAAGCAGAGGACAUCUGGGAAACGGAGAAAGAAGAAGAGGCACAGCAAAAGCUACUCAGGCAUCACAGCAAGGCAGAAGAAAUAAGGGAGGCCCGGAGACACGCUAACUCAUCCCCAGAGCACUGCCAGCCUCUCAGAAGCCAGGCUCUGCAUCACCAGAAGGCCUCCUGCCCUGACUGGACGUCACACUCCUCCUGAUGCAGCCUUCCACCUUUUGCCCAAAGGCUCAAUGAGCCACCAUGGAGGCUCAACCCUCAGCCCGUGCCUUAUGUGACUUGCGUUGUGCCCCGGGGGUGCCUGUGGGGACAUGGUCCAGAUUGAUGCAGCAGCAGGGAAGGCGCAGGCCUCUCAGCCUCCAUCCUAAUGCCCAACGUCCCUACCUGCUCUUAGGCCAAACUUCUCUUAACACAAUGGCAGAACAUGGCCCAGCAUUCAGCACUCAAGAAAUUUUAAAAAUAGCAGUGCCUCAAUUAAAUUGAGGGUAUGAAUCCAGCAGUGGCCAUACCUUCACAGGGGCAAGCAUUUAUCCCUCAUUUCAUCACCCAUAGUCAGUUUGUAUUUGGCCAGGACCAAGACACAAAAUGUAUUUGCGUGCUCAAUCAUUUAAAGCAAGCAAAAAUCAGUUACAAGAACAACAACAAAAGUAUGCAUUUUGGUCAACAUAUGGCUGUGUAAACAGCAUCUGGCUCCCAGAUAACACUUAUGGGCAAUUAAGCUGAAGCACGGCUGUGGUCCUGCAGUAAUCUCACAUGCAGUUACAUACAUAAAAUUUGGAGAAGCAGGGCUCCAGUUCCUGUCAAAAGAAAAAAGUUUUCCAGGGUACUGUGUUAAACACAUUUUCAGCUCAUCCUUUAGUAAGUCUCCGGGUUUAAAUCCCAUUCUCAGCUGCUUACACUCUUAAGUCUUUGCAUUCAAGCUGCAGAACGUGUAUUUUCACAUUACUUUUGCUUUGAAACUGGGACCGUGCAGUAUUGUGAUUUAAAGAUUCAGAGCUUUAUUUCUCAUGUUUUGUAAUAACGUUGUACCAUAGUUUUGUACAUAGCUGUCAAUUUAAAAUGAUCUAUGUUUGUUGAAUCUAUGGUGUGAUACUGUGCUGAACAUGAAUCAAGCAGAAGAGAUUGUUACACUUAAAGAACUAUGCCUUUGUAUGGUAACCUGCUCUGUCUAGACUAAUGUUCAGGAUAAACCUUAUUUUGCUUUGCACAAUAGGAAUAGCAACAUCCUUCCAACAUUGAAGACUUUGCUGGACUGAGGUAGAUACUAUGCCAAGAAUUAAAUCACUGGUUUAUUUUAACCAAAUCAUUGUUACUGAGAAUUGUUAACAAAAGCAAAGAUGUGUUUGGAGUAGGUGCACGGGCAGACUCAGCUCAGGAAGCCUUGCAGAGCAGCACAACCGUGUUGUAGCUGAACUCAUGUUCCUGGCUAGCAGAAGCAAGCUGCAAAACCCCAUAACCCACCCCAGGUUUGACAUAUGAGACCAUCAUGUCACAUUUAAAAGGUUUCUCCUUUUUUCCCCCACUCUAUUCCAGUCUCUGAGCGCAUCACCCAAGAAUCAGUCCUUCUUGCUGUCAUUAAUUGAGUUUCUCUGUUCUCAGAUUAGACUCCAGCCUGCAAAAGUCCAACUAGCAAACAUUUUCCCAGCAGCUUUGCCUCCUCCGUGUUGCCAGCAGGAGCCUGCAGCCCAGAUUCGCAGUGAGCAGCCAGCCUCCUCCACCCCACCCUGCUGAUUUAUUGAUAGGAACGAAAUCGCUGUCUGUACUGGGAAGAAGCAAGGUGUUUUGGUGUUACCUGCUGAGGGCCUUCAAAGGGAGGGCAUUUGGCAUUACCUUCCCACUGCCUUCAAGCGUUUCUGGGGAAACUGGUAUUUGAGCCACUGCUGGUUCUUUGUUCUGCAGCCAUUUUUGAUAACUAUAAUAAAUUGUCUGUUAAAAUCAAAUCCCAAUCAGCAGAUCAAAGCACAGUAUUUAUAAUGUAUUACCCCAAAGCAGCUCUGCUUCCAAUACCAUGAUUAUUUAGCAAGAACAGGGGGAUGGAGUCAGAGCAACUCAAAGAUGCUCAACUGGGAUGUGCAGUUUUGCUCUAUUUGUCACUGUAGAGUUCAUAACCCAGAAGAUUUUUCAGUGUUUGUAAGACCAAAUCAGUUGCUGGUAAAAGCAAUGAAAUUUGCAGCUAUUUUAACAGGUAUGUGUUCGUUUAAGCCAACCGUGAGUUUGGACCUCAGAAGAGAAUCCUUGUGGUUAUAUUACAGCAACUGCAUAUGGAGUCCAUUAUGUAUACUAGCCUGUGAGCACCACAAGUUUCUAGCUGUCAAAUAACUGCAUAUUCCUCAAAUAAGCAUUGUCUGUAUGAUUAAAAUGAAGUUAUGGAUGAAAUCUGCUGAAGUUUUUUCUAAGAACUUCACAUCAAAAUGUGGAUAUGUUUUAAAGGUUGGAAUUGGAAUUUCAGGGCUUUUUUGUUUUGUUUUAAUUUCAUUACUGAAAAUAUUUCAAAAUUUAGAAUAAAAGAAGUCAAAGUA